GCUCUUAGUCAACAUUUAAGAAAUAAUCCAAGUCAGUUAGCUGGCAUACGCGAACGAGCUCACACAGUUACAUAAUUAUACAUCAAUCAAAUAAUCAAAAUGAAAAUCGCGUCGAUUUUGUUCGUUGUUAUGGUGUCGUGUAUUUGCGCCAGUUACUGCAAGGAUCUGAUAGUGGGAACCAGCUUCAAUCAUAGAUUAGUGUGGCAAGAAAAGGCAGAAUAUAAUGCUAUACCGUUGAAGAAGAGGGUUAAGGAGGUGUUCUUUUCGGAUCCAGGACAACAGAUCAUUAAGGGUAUUAUCGCUCGGGACUUGGAUCACACGGAGGCAAUAGCAACUGUAACUGCGGGAGGCGUUGGCCAACCUUUUGCCAACAUCAGACUGAAGAGUGAACGUGGAUCUGGCCUUAACUACCAAAUAGAAAUAUACGUCUAGAGUCACUAAGGUUAUCAUAAAUUAAUGUAUUAACUUGUAAAUUCUCUUACUGAAUUGGCAAACUUCAAUUUACUUCCGUAAUAUUUUUUAAGUACCUACAUGUAUGUAUAUGAAUAAAAUU